GAUUUCGACAAGCUGGAGCUCAUCGAUUUGCCUGGACUUGUUCCUGCAGAGUCACCAGACAUUGCGGACAAGGCGGUUGAAAAGCUCGUCCGCUGGUACAUGUCCCAGGAGAACACCAUUAUCGCCAUGUGCUGUCCUCCGGUUGUCGACUUGGAGACCCAGACAGUCAGGAAUCUUGCCAAGGAGCUUGACGCGGAUGGCUACCGCACGGUUGGCAUACUGACAAAAGCAGACCGAAUUCCUGAAGGUGAGGAGCAAAAGUGGAUGACUACGGUCAAUAACGAGGCAGACAAGUUCAAGCUCACCCAUGGAUGGUUUGCUGUGAGGAACCCAAACCAAGAAGAGUUGAACAAGGGGGUGAAAGGCAGCAAAGCGCGCAAUGAGGAGCAAACGUUCUUUCAGAAGGAAGCUUGGAAGUACGUCAAACCUGGUCGCCUUGGAACCUCGAAUCUUCGUGCGUUCCUCUGCAACUUGCUGCAACAGCUCAUCCUUAAAAAGUCGUGCGCUCAGUCAACUCAGUGCACAGAUGAGUUGCGUUGCGUUCAGUGGCAGCUAGAAAGCAAGUUGGAAGAAGCAAAGCAGGAGUUUCUCAUGCCUACGCUCUCCCGAACAGAGCUUGAGCGUCAAGGCCGCGCCGUGAAGGAAGAUGAAGCUGUGGCUGUGCUCAGGGGCUUGGAGGAAAAGGUGUCCAAUCGGCUUGUGCCUGAAGUUGAGGCACAAGAUCGUGGACAGCUGCAACUUUGGAAGGAUGUGGAAAAAGCCCUCGAAACCAUGAAAGAAGAAUGCUACAAGUGCCGACCUUCGUUUCAUGUACAGGGGGUUUUGGAUGACAGCAUGUUGAUUCGACGGCAGAUCGUUGUGCGCUUGCACAGCUGGAAUGACUGGCACCACCUGACGCAAGCCAUGAACGGUGUGGUUGUUGACGAAGUUGUCAACUUCCAGAAUGCAGCGGUUCCAAAGGGUGCCAGGUUGGUAGAAUUUGACAUGUGGGAGACACUUCCAGGCCAGGAUCCGUUUCGGAUGAUCAGCAAGCAAGAAGACGGGUGGCAUUGGAAAUAUGGCUGGAUAAAGACAGAGGGCAAGACUGAGUGGAAAACCUUCAGCAGCAGGCCUUCGGAGCUUAUCAAGUCAAAUCCUGUCUGGCCCGUGACUGUUCAAUUUCACCCAGAGUCUUUCUUCAGCCGAGAAAUGUCCAUACAGGAGGUCAGGAGCCUGAUUUCAGACCUUCGAGGUCGAGAACUCAAGGUGCCCGGAGGGCCAGCUGCCCAUGCCACAGCUACAAAAUUGCUUCAAGAAGCCAUUUGGAAAUGGAAGGGGCCUGCGAAUCAUUGUAUUGAACGGGCCCUUACAUUGCUGAUGAAGAGGGUUCAGACAGUGGUUAUGGAUGAGCUUGGGCAGUAUCCAGCUGCCAAAGAGGCUUUGUGGAAUCACCUGCAGGAAGUGAUGCGGAAGGCUCGGCUCGACUGCGUGGCUAGCCUUGAGAGAAAGUUGUCGCAGGAGAAGUGUAUCUUCACUUUGAAUGAUCACUAUAUGUGCGACAGUUUCAACAAGGAAAGUGAUGAGCUACGAGCCCUGUUGUCCAAAGCGGGCGUGAAGUUGCCCAGCAAUGUCAUCCAAUUCAGCGAAGACGAUGAUGCCAUUUGGUGUAUGAGCGUCGUGCAUGCCUAUCAUAAGGCACGCGGCAGGGUACCAGCUGCGCACAGCAUGUUAUGUACACAUCGUGUGGCAGUGCAUAUGUAG